AUGGAGUCGGAGAGCGGGCUGUUGGUGGAGCACCAGUACAUGUGCUCCGAGUGUGGCCAGCUGUACAACACUCUAGAAGAGGUGCUGGUACACCAGCAGAGCCACGUCUGGCUCCACGUCUACGUCUGCCCCGAGCUGGCCGAGGCCGGGGCCGAGGUGCCUAGAGUGCGGCCAGCUCCUCAACACACCCCCGAGCAGUUGCUGGAGCACCAGGCCACCCAUGCCAAGGAUGCUGGCAGCCCCACGCCACUCGCCGCACAGCUACAUGGCUGCUCACACUGCCUGCAGGUAUUCCAGAGCGCGGAUGAGAUGCAGGCUCACCAGCAGCAGCAGCACGGUGAUGAGCGGGAGUGCAGCGUUGAUGCAGCGGUGGGCGAGGUUAGCGAGCCGCUGCAUGGGUGCCCGGAGUGCGGUCAGCAGCUGGGCACGGUGGAGGAGUUCCUGCAGCACCAGGCGUUGCAUGCCCGCCCGGGGCCCCGCGACUGCCCCACCGUUGCUGCACCGCCGGCUCCAGCGCCCCCCCACGACUGCAGCGAAUGCGGCCGGGUGUUCAGCACGGUACGGAGGCUGCAUCAGCACCAGCAGAGCCACGUGGCACUGGCCCACCCCUGCCCCGACUGUCGGCGUUCCUUCAAGAAACUGUCCUCCCUGCAGCAGCACCAGCGCAGCCACAAGGGGGAAGUGCUGUACCUCUGCACCGACUGCGGCCGUGGCUUCAGCUCGGAGGCUGCACUGGUGCAGCACCGACGGCUGCAUACAGACGACCCGCUGCAUCGUUGCCCGCAGUGCGGCAAGGCCUUCAACAACAUGACCAAGUUCCUCUACCACCGGCGCACCCACGCAGCCCCCGGCAAGACUGCGGCGCCCACCAGCGCAGUGACCCGUGUUGCAACCGUCACUGCAGCUGCAGCCGAGCCGGCACAGGAGGAGGAGGAGGAGGAGGAGGAGGACGAGGAACCGGGGGAGGGGGGAACGGCCCCCGCGCCAACACCGCAGCAUCCGGGGGCCCCGCACCGCUGCGCCCUGUGCCACCGGGAGUUUGCGCAGCCGUUGCAGCUGCAGAACCACCAGCGGCAGGGGGGCUGCGGGCGCCGGCACCCGUGCCCGGUGUGCGGCAAGGCCUUCGGCAAGCUGGUGCACGUCCGCAACCACAUGCGUACCCACACCGGCGAGCGGCCCUUCCAGUGUGCCGAGUGUGGCAAGACCUUCACUACACUGGCCAACUUGAUGCGGCACCACCAGACCCACACCGGCGAGCGGCCCCACCGCUGUGACUUCUGCCCGCGGGCAUUCGCCCAGUCCUCCAACCUACGCCAACACCGCCGUAUCCACACCGGCGACCUGCCCUUCAAGUGUCGCGACUGCCCGCGGGCGUUCGGCCGCGCCUCCAAGCUCCUCGCCCACCGCUUCUGCCAUGCCGGCCAGCGCCCCUUCACCUGCGCCGACUGUGGCAAGGGCUUUAUCCACCAGCGACGGCUGGAGCAGCACCGGUUGUUGCAUGCCGGGCUGGAGCCCAACUGCUGCACCGGCUGUGGCUGCCAGUUUGCCGACAGCACAGAGCUGCAGGAACACCGCUGCACCAUCGACCCCAAUGCAGCCAGACACCGGCCCUUCCAAUGCGGCGUGUGUGGGCGCCACUGCGGCUCUGCAGCAGGACUGAAGCUUCACCAACGCAGCCACGCCGGGGAACACCGCCUCCAAUGCAGCAUCUGCGGGCGCCACUGCGGCUCUGCGGCAAGACUGAAGCUGCACCAGCGCAGCCAUACAGGGGAGCGCCCCUUCCUGUGCGGUGACUGUGGCAAGGGUUUUGCCAGCCACGGCGGCCUGCAGGUACACCAACGCCGGCACUCCGGGGAGCUCCCCUUCCGCUGCCCCGCAUGCGGCAAAGGUUUCGGCUUCAGCUCGGCACUGCGGCUGCACCAGCGCACCCACACCGACGAGCGGCCCUUCCCCUGCACCGACUGCGGGAAGCGCUUCAAGCAGUCCAACCACCUGCGCGAGCACCAGCGCAUCCACACCGGCGAGCGGCCCUACCGCUGCAGCACCUGCGGCAAGGGCUUCGUGCAGUCCAUGCAGCUGCUGGACCACCGCCGCACCCACUCGGCCAAGCGGCCUCACGUCUGCCGGCUCUGCGGCAAGAGCUUCAAGACCCCGUCCAACCUCCGCAGCCACCGCCGAACCCAUGCCCUCCCCUCCCCCGCCCCCCUCCCCUCCACCGCCCUCUGCGCGCAGUUCGGCGACACCUUCGCUGUCAAGGGUGCAGACGUGGUGCCCAACUCCAUCGUGGGCACCAUCGAGAUCUACUGAGGUACCGGCACGGCACGGCAGGGGAGGGGAGGGGAGGGGGCAGAGAGC